AAUUUCCGAAUCUCUCUCUUUCUCUCACUCUCGCUGUCUCAUGGCGGCCAAUGGAUUCCAGGGCUCUACUCCGGUGAAAACCCCGAACUCAAAGACCCAUUCCUCCGCCUCCCGGAGAGCUCUGCCUCCUGCGCAGAUGGAAUCCUCUGUCUCGAGCGCUGCGUCCUCCGAUUUCAGGACCCGCUUUGAGGCCUACAACCGCCUGCAAGCAGCCGCCGUCGCCUUCGGCGAGAAGCUUCCCAUUCCCGAGAUCGUCGCCCUCGGCGGUCAAUCUGAUGGCAAAAGCUCACUUCUUGAAGCCCUCCUCGGGUUCCGGUUCAACGUGCGGGAGGUGGAGAUGGGCACCCGGAGACCCCUCGUACUCCAGAUGGUCCACGAUCCGUCCGCCCUCGAACCUCGAUGCAGAUUUCAGGAAGAAGACUCAGAAGAGUAUGGAGCCCCAAUUGUUUUGGCUCCUUCAAUAGCUGAUGUUAUAAGAUCAAGAACAGAAACGCAUCUAAGAAAGGUUCAGGCUGCUGUUUCCUCUAAACCUAUUGUGAUGCGAGCUGAAUAUGCCUAUUGUCCUAAUCUCACCAUUAUCGACACCCCUGGCUUUGUCCUGAAGGCAAAGAAAGGAGAACCAGAGAGCACUCCUAGUGAGAUUUUGUCAAUGGUGAAGUCGUUAGCAAGCCCACCUCAUCGCCUUCUCCUGUUCCUUCAGCAGAGCAGUGUGGAAUGGUGUUCUUCCCUAUGGUUGGAUGCAGUCCGUGAGAUUGAUCCAAACUUUAAACGAACACUUAUAGUCAUUUCUAAGUUUGAUAAUCGCUUGAAGGAAUUUACUGAACGAUGGGAAGUAGAUAACUAUCUAAGUGCAAGUGGAUACCUUGGCGAAAAUGUUCACCCUUUUUUUGUGGCUCUGCCCAAGGAUCGUGGAACUGUUACAAAUGAGGAAUUCCGUAGACAGAUUUCUCAGGUAGAUGCGGAAGUACAUCGCCAUUUGCGUGAUAAUGUUAAGGGAGGAUUUAAUGAGGAAAAGUUUGGACCAUAUGUUGGAUUUAGUCGUCUACGUGAAUUCUUAGAAACUGAACUUCAAAAUCGCUACAAGGAAGCGGCUCCGGCUACACUUGCGCAAUUAGAACAGCGUUGUAACGAAGUGUCCAUUGAAUUAGUCAGGAUAGAAUCCAAGUUACAGGCAACCUCUGAUGUUACCCAACUUAGGCAUUCAGCUAUGUUGUAUGUAGCUUCUAUCUGCAGUCAUAUGGUGACCUUAAUUGAAGGAGCAGCGGAUCCAGCUCCUGAGCAAUGGGGUAAAACCACUGGUGAAGAGCGGUCAGAGAGUGGUAACGCAAGCUGGCCUGGAGUCACUGUGGCCCUAAAGCCUCCAAAUCACACCCUUAGACUUUAUGGAGGAGCAGCGUUUGAGAGAGUAAUGCAUGAAUUCAGAUGUGCUACAUAUUCUAUUGAGUGCCCACAAGUUUCUAGAGAGAAAGUUGCAAAUAUACUGCUUGCUUAUGCUGGAAGAGGAGGGGGUGGAGGUUUAUCUGAGGCAGCUGCUGAAAUAGCACGUGCUGCUGCACGAGCUUGGCUUGCUCCUCUUCUGGAUACAGCAUGUGAACGCCUUUCAUUUGUUCUUAAAAGCCUUUUUGACCUUGCUUUGGUGCGCAACCGAAGUCAUGACUCUGAGUACCGGAAGAAAAAUGGUGAUAUGGAUGGGUACAUUGGAUUUCAUGCUGCUCUAAGGCGUUCUUACAACAACUUCAUCCAUGAUCUAUCCAAGCAAUGCAAACAAAUAGUGCAACACCAUCUCAAUUCAGUGACUAGCCCCUACUCCCAAGUCUGCUAUGAGAAUGAUCUUGUAGCUGAUGCCGGGAGAUAUAGUCAGCUUCCUGCCGCUUCAUUUUUCCCCGAACUGUCAGACAGUGCAACAGAUGAAGUUGGUGCUGAUCAAGAGAAUGUAGCGCCUAAAGAUCAACAACACUCAACGCCUGGUAAAGUAACUGAAACAACAAAGGAUGUGCUUAGAGAAAGCCAAUUGACAGUUCCCGAAACACCUUCACCUGAUCAGCCAAGUGAUGAUUUCGGGAUCAAGAAGAAGGAAAUUGGGAACCUAAUGGAUGUCGGAGGGAGGAAACGGCAAGCAAGACUUGCUGGUGGAAGAAAUGUAGAUGCUAACAGAUACCAAAACAACAGCAUAUUGUUUGGGGCAGGUACUAUGGGCUCAAAAGCUGGAUCUUCGUAUGCCGAGAUCUGUUCCAUGUCAGCUCAACAUUUCGCUAGGAUUCGCCAAGUUCUGAUCGAGAGAAAUGUCCUCUCGGCCUUGAGUGCUGGAUUCUUAACUCCCUGUAGAGAAAGACUGUUUGUUGCUCUCGGCCUCGAACUAUUUGCCGUAAACGAUGAAAAGUUCAUGGACAUGUUCGUGGCACCUGGUGCUGUCGACAUUCUUCAAAAUGAAAGGCAGUCACUUAACAAGCGCCAAAAGAUCCUACAGUCUUGCCUCAAUGAGUUCAAGAACAUUACUCGGACCCUAUAAUGCAUCUCUUGCAGAUGAUGUCUAUACUUUGGGCGAUCUCAAAGGCUUCAUCGAUGAAAAAAAUAAAGAUUUGACCGAAGAUUGUGUUAGAGUUGGUUCACGAAAUGAAUCUUUCAAUUUCUUUAUGAAAGGUAUUUGAGUUUCAUGGGAAUUUCCUAGUCAUCAUCUGUAACGAGAUAUUGAACGCGUUCAGAGUUGUAUUUAUUUUUAUCACAUUUUCACGGAGUUUACGUGUUGA